UCGGAGUCGACUCCAAAAAUCUGCGGAAUCGAUUCCUCAACACCUGAAGUGCACAGGAUUAGGAGUCGACUCCAAACUCUGCAAUCGAACAGAAUCGUAUUUUAAGACCAGCCUCCAGCUGGAGCGUUUCCAGGGCAGCGCGCGUGCAAGUGGGCGGGGUAUUUCGGCCCCGCCCACAUCUCGCGCGCCAUGAAUAAUCCCGCGCUUUCCUCUCAGCUUCCUCAGCAUCUGUGAGUUUAAAGCCUGAGGGAAGGUGGAUGGCACACACACAGGUGGGUCACCUGGCCCUUACACUAGCUUCUCCCUGUGCUUUAACAGUUCUUGAGAAGGAAAGGUAGCAAUAUCUAAAAAAAAAAAUUAAAAAAAAUCUCAAUAAAGUGUCAUAAUGGGAUCCAGCUCUUCGUCCUACGCUCCUAAAACCGUGUACCUGGACGUAGAUGGAAAAGUUCAGAGGGUCAUUUUCAGUCGACACUGCAGUCCGUGUGACAUCAGAGAGUUGCUUUGUACGUCGUCCAACAUCACCAGAAACACGCCUAUUCUUUUAGUAGACGCAGAGGGAGCACUGAUAUCUAUCGACCCCACCAUGCCUACAAACUCGCCUAACAACUUGUAUAAAGUAAUGCCCCAUUCCAGUCAAGGAGGAGAGAAAGAAGACAUGUUCCAGAAUGUUCUCUCCCAAGUGGCGGAGCAGUUCAGUCGGGCUUUCAGAAUAAACGAGCUGAAGACGGAGAUGACCAACAGGCUGGCCAUGCUGGAGAAGAGAGUCGAACUAGAGGGCCUCAAAGUGGUAGAGAUCGAGAAGUGUAAGAACGAUCUGAAGAAACUAAGGGAUGAGGUGACCUCUAGAGGCGGAGCAAGGGUGAACUGCAACUGCAAGUACAAUUUCACAGACGACGGGAAGAAACUUUCUCCCAGACGUGAUGUUCCAAGUUAUCCAAAGUACACGCUUUCCCAGGAGACUAUAGAGACUCUCAAGAAGCCCACCUUUGAUGUAUGGCACUGGGAGCAUAAUGAGAUGUUAAGCUGUCUGGAGUACAUGUAUCAUGAUCUCGGACUCGUGAAGGAGUUUAACAUGAACCCCAUCACCCUUAAGAGAUGGCUGCUGGCGAUCCAGGAAAAUUACCGUGACAACCCGUUCCAUAACUUCCGUCACUGCUUCUGCGUCAGCCAGAUGAUGUACGGAAUGAUCCACUUGUGCAACCUCCAGGAGAAGCUGACUAUGACUGACAUGUGCAUUCUGAUGACGGCAGCAGUGUGCCAUGAUCUCGACCAUCCAGGAUACAAUAACACGUAUCAGAUUAACGCUCGGACAGAGCUGGCUGUGCGCUAUAACGAUAUCUCGCCCCUGGAGAACCACCACUGUGCAGUGGCCUUCCAGAUCCUCGCCAUGCCCGAGUGCAAUAUCUUCGCCAACAUCGAACUCGAGUCCUUCAAACAGAUAAGACAGGCCAUUAUUACUCUUAUUCUAGCCACUGACAUGGCCAGACAUGGCGAGAUACUAGAUUCCUUCAGACAGAAAGUGGACAACUUUGACUUCACCAACGAGGAGCAUGUCAAAUGUCUGAAGAUGGUCUUGAUCAAGUGUUGCGACAUCUCCAACGAGGUGAGACCAACCGAGGUGGCCGAGCCAUGGGUGGACUGCCUGCUGGAGGAGUACUUCAUGCAGAGUGACAGAGAAAAGUCGGAAGGUCUUCCUGUCGCUCCUUUUAUGGACCGGGACAAAGUGACCAAGCCAACGGCACAAAUUGGCUUCAUCAAAUUUGUUCUCAUCCCAAUGUUUGAGACAGUCAUGAAGCUUUUCCCUCAGAUCGAGGAGAUCAUGGUGCAGCCGUUGCGAGACUCCCGUGACCACUACGAAGAACUAAAACAGAUUGAUGAUGCCAUGUCACAAGCCCAGAAGAAGAAAACGGAGAGCAUGUCAUUAGGAGGAAAGAAGAAAUAGACCCUGCUUCUUUGUCACAAAAAGAGAAGUUCAGCGUAAACCGGAGUCUCAUGGCCGGAUGACGUAGCAUGGAUUUGUUCUGGUGCCCCUUGUGUCCUUUUUCUGAGAUGGAGUGGGCUUCUCCUGCCCAAGCCUUGCAAGCCUUGAACGCCCGUUCUGAGAGGACAGAUUUCUCCAUAUCAGAUAGAUAUAGUAAGACACCAUAUGUGAGAGGAGCCUUAAGAGGACAAUGAAUCGUUAGCGUUUCAAGAUUUUACAGCGCAUUUUAUAAGGUAAGGUUGAGAGAACAUAUAGCGGGAGCAAAAAUUCAUUCACUUGUUUGAGGAUGUAACAGCUGAAACGGUGAUUUCGUGGUGUUGUGAUAAAGGAAGAAUUUUAAGUAGUUUGUAAAAUAAAAAAUUAAGAAGAAAAAAAGCAAAUGUUGAAGUAUUAGCCAGCUGGCAUUUAUAUUUAUUUGUCUGAUAUUUAUAAAGGGAAAAGUUCACCUUUUUUGGAGUGUUGUUUGAUACAUUUGAAAGGUAUUAAAGGGAAACAAUCAAAUGGUUUACAUUCCUUUAUAGAUAUUUAUAUACGUUUUUGACCCUCAAGAUAAAGUUGUUGUGUGAGAAAAAACAAGAAAAGUAGGAUGUGAUUUGUAAAGCCACGGUGCAUUCAGACAUCUACAAACACCCAUGAUUUGAGAGAACGAAAGCUGAACGUGGCGUUUCAGUGUCUGAGCGUAUUUAGGCGUUUCCAAAUCAGUGGAGCACACAACUCAGUAAUUUACAUCAUAUACAUUUGUAGUGUUACUACAACUAAUAUUAUUGACAAUAUGGAAAAUGAGCAUGAGAGUUUAACUGCAAAUUGUGGCUCGAGUUUCACACCCAGGUUUACUUUCUUAAUAACAAGAUCUGCCAAAGAAAUGAUCCUUUUGUUGGAAAUUUAACAUUUAGUUCAAAGAUACCUUGGAAAACACAAUUCUACGGAUGUGCCUCGUUUUGUACGUACAUACAACCUGUUUUAAGAACUAAUCUCUUUUUAAAUAUGACGACCGAAGCAAAUUGAUUUACGUGAGUUGGGCUUUUAAAAGCUUUUAAACUUAUUUAUUUACUUAACCAGAAUGUCGAAUCCUCAAGGUACUAUAUUACUUUGCUGUUGUUGUUUUUUUUGCUAUUAUGUUUAUGUUUCCAGUAUUUUUCAUUUGAAUCGUGUUAUAAGUCUUAACUUAAAGCUCAACAUGUCAAAGCUCACACCAUGUUAUACAGAUCUGGUUAAUUAUGCAGUGAAUGCAUUGCAAGCUGUAUGAUAUUUACAUAUUUUUCCCAGCAGAGUAUAAAACCACUUGCAAAAUUGUUUUUAAUUAAUGAAUUUAUUAUUUAUUUAUUUAUUUAUUUAUUUAUUUAUUUAUUUGACACAAAUUGAGAUAUGUUGGAGCUGAAAGCUCAUCAUCUGAAUUGGUUCUCAGGUAUGUGGCAUUAUUUGGCAACACACUGAAAACUUACCUGAUGUUUUGUGUUGUAAUCAGCAGCAUUUUCUAAUGUCUGUGGGUUUUACGUGGGAAAUCAGAGUGAUCGAUUAUUUUACCGUAGCACGUGUAUUACUGUAAACGUGUGUUGAUUAAACGUGCUGCAAGUUUGAGUUGAAAUGUUGGCCAAGUUAAGCAAUAAAAAAAAAAAAAAUCUUGUGUUUUCAUAUUGAGUAUUUAUUACUGAAUCACAACCUAAUAUUAUCAAAACGAUCAUGCGUAGAAGCAAUAUGAACUGGAUUUUAAUUACUAUUUUGUAUUUGAAUUUUUGUUGUGGUACGGUUAGGACGGUUUAGAAAUGAACAAACCCUACGGGUCCUGUUAAUACUGACUGACACAUUUGGCACACUUAAUGCCUGCACUUAGUGACGUCUGCUUGUCAUCAGAUCUGUCAGUUGAGGUGGAUGUUAAUACCAGGUGUGAACCAGGCCAACUAACCUAUGUGAAGAGCUUUGACUUCUUAGAUCUGGUCUUCUGUAAAACUGUAACCUCAACUACACUCACAAAAUCAGGGCAAUGAUCACAUUUCAACAACGUGCUGCGCUGUUUAUAUUAGAUUUUAACGUGACUAGGAUUAGACCAUAAGACACUUCAAGAAUUAGAAUGAACCCUUGUCAGCCCUUAUGGACAAUUUUGUCUUUUUCAUUUUGUUUUUUUUUUUUUUGUUUUGUUUUUUAAUCAUUUUGUCGGUGUUCAUGCAAACAACAUAAAUUUUGCAAGAGGUGUGUAUUUUUAUUGGAAUUUUAAUAUUUCACCCUCAUUUGCUUUCGUAAAUUUAUUUUAAACAAGGUACACAAAAUAGUUACACUCAGGAUCUUAAGGACAAAAAUGUCCCCAUCGUAACCCGUUCAAACGGCAAUAUUUAAUCCCUGUGACAUUUAAGCAUAAAAUCAUGUAUUCUCUGUUAAUAGGCUUUUAUUUUGUUGACAAGGUUUCAAAACAUUGAAUUUUUUUUAAACAUUUCUGAAAUGUGUAGUAUUUUCUCAGGUUUAGCCUCUGGGGAAAAUACAUCCUUUUCCUUUUGUCUGAUUCUGCUGUAUUAUAGAGCGCCGCAGACCAACUGAAUAAAUGAUGCAGCUAUUAUUGUGUGUGUGUGUGUGUGGGUGGGUGAG